AUUGUUAUUGUCUCAACAACAACAACAACAACAGCAGCAAAAUCUCCAUCAACAUCAUCGUCGUCAUCAUCAUCAUCGAUCAAUUCAUUUGCCAUGCCUAUUCCUGUGCAACAAUCUAAUGAUCAAUCCUCUUCACAAUCAUCUAACACUAUUGGUGGCCAGAAUGUCGAUCCAAAUAGCAAAGAAUAUCGUCGCCAUCAAUUGAUGUUGAGCCGUCUUCGAUCAAUGGGUAGCACAUUAUUGAUCACUGGACCGAUCACCCAUUCCAACGCUGGUCAUUAUAUUGCCAUUGUGGCCAAUACAGUCGGCUAUGAUCGAUGUAUCACUACAGUCAAUGUUCGUUCACCGCUCACGGUGCGGAUAGAUUCUGUGCCAAUUCAGGGCGUUUCAUCGAAGAAAUCAACCAUGAUGCCAACUCCUCAUUUGCGCCAGCAGCAACAGCAGUUCUACCAGGAAUCAAAACAACCAAGAAUAAUUCGUGGAGUUCGUGGUGAAACUAUUCGAAUACGAUGUACAGUGCAUGGAUUUCCAUUGUCUGAUGUUUAUUGGCUUCACAAUACGCAAGUAAUUCUAGUUAAUUCCGGCCAAAGCGGAAGAGACGGAAAUGAACAACAACAAGAACAAAAGCUACAACCAGCAGUAAAUUAUCAUUAUCAUCAUGGUGUCGUUAACUUGGAUUCAUUAUCAUCAUCACCAUCUGGUUACUAUCCAGGAUCAGGAUCAGGGAAUCUUCGAAGCCGAAUCAAAAUGAAUACUGCCAACUAUUUACAAGUAUAUGUUACUGACAUGAAUGUAGAUCAGGCGAACAGCAAUAAUCGUCGCGAUAUAUCCGCCAUACAGCAUUUAGAUCUAGCCCUAGAUGAUCGUAGCAAAUCUGGAAUGUAUCAAUGUUUUGCACGUAAUCGUUUCGAAACGACACAAGCUACUAUACAAGUUCAAUUUGUGGAUCAACCGCCAUCUAUUGUGGAACACUUUAAUGAGCUAACAAUUCAACCGGGAGAAAGUUUUACUCUACGUUGUGUAUCGCGUGGUGCACCAUUAGCGCAAAUAGAAUGGUCAUUGGAUCGAAUGCCUAUGCCAACAUCAACUCGAUUUCGUUUAGGUGAUUUCGUCAUCAAAGAUAAUCACAACCAUCAUGGAUCAUCGACAUUUGAUUCUUUAUUAGUCAGUCAUUUCAAUGUUACAGGCAGCCGUGUCGAAGAUGGUGGAGUUUAUCGAUGUACAGCAAAAAAUUUAGCUGGUUCAACUUAUUAUGAAGCACGAGUAAACGUUAUUGGCAAAGGAGCAGUCAAAGUUCAUACACCGAACUUGACUGUCCUCUCUGGAGCUGAUAUAAAUCUGAAUUGUCCGUUCUAUGGUUAUCCAAUUAAGACUAUAAGUUGGUUUGGAAAAGAUGGAUCACAACGAAAAUUGCCAACCAAUGGGCGUCAACACAUAUCACCUAAUGGAACAUUACAUAUCAGUAAAAUAAACAAGAAGGAAGAUGAAGGAACAUAUGAAUGUGAGGUGGCAUUUGCUAGCAACAAAGAGUCUACUUCACGAACCAAACUUCAUUUAAAUGUCAUCACUGGUCCUCGAAUUGAUAAUUUCACGUUUGCACCAAACCUUGAAGAAGGAAUGCGUAGUGUUGUAGUAUGUGCUGUGAUAUCCGGUGAUUCACCAAUACACAUUCAUUGGCUUAAGGAUGGCCAACCAUUAACUAGUAGUGGUGAUCGCAAAAUCGAAAUGGUGAAUGAAUUCACAUCCAGUAUUACAUUCACUGCACUGAAACGUCGUCACGUUGGUAGAUAUACGUGUAUAGCAUCCAAUAUGGCUGCCAGUGACCGUCAUUAUGCUGAUCUUCGUGUUAAUGUGGCACCAAUAUGGCUUUUCGAGCCCGAAGAUAUCAUAGCUAUUUCAGGACAAAUGUUAGUGAUUAACUGUCAAGCUGAAGGUAUUCCAGAACCACAAGUUCGAUGGAAAGUAGAAGGAAAUGAUUUUCUGGACAAUAAUAAUAAUGCAAAAAAGCUGCAGCCUAAAUCAAUACCUGAAAUUUCAAGUUCAAACUCAAAUUCGAAUUCUUUUCAUGCUGUGAUCAGUAAUCCUCAUAUGCAAAUUUUAGAGAAUGGAUCGUUGAUCAUCAAAGAAGUGAAUCGUGAUGAUCAUAGACGAUACAUGUGUAGCGCUUUUAAUGGUGUCGGUAGCGGUAUAAGUACCAUUAUAAGACUCUCUGUCCAUUUUCCGCCACAAUUUCUCCAUGGUUAUUAUGAAAGUAAACAAAUAAAAUUCGGGGAAAUGGUUGUGUUGACUUGUUUGGUCAAACUUGAAUACAUCGAUAAUGUUCAAGCAUCUAAAUUUUCGAAUCUUUCAAAUACUAACAUUGACGAGCUUGUGAAUAUUCGUUGGUUUAAAGAUACUAGUUCUACUCCGGUGAUAGCUUCAUCAAAAUCGAAACUUUUGAUGACCGAUCCCUCUUAUGAUCGAUAUCAUACGACUCAAACAUUCGAAGUGAAUCAAGAUGGGUUAACCGGAUCAACACUUAACUUUACUGAUAUAUUUUUAAUAAAUCAAUCCAACAAAAAACAGUCAUAUCCUACUACUAGAUAUUAUGCAACAAAGUUGACCAUACGUCAUGUUGAACGUAGUGACACAGGAGUUUACCUUUGCACAGCACAGAAUCGUUAUGGUUCCAUACGAAAAAAUUUUACUGUGACCGUUUUGGAACAACCUGAUAGACCUGAAGAGAUUCGUGCUGAUGAAAUUGCUAGUCAAUCGAUUAAACUUACUUGGCCAAUGCCAUUCGAUGGGAAUUCUCCCAUUAAUGAAUAUGUGAUUUCUUAUCGAACCAUCUCUGGGUCCAUAUCAAACACAGUUACUUUGGCUCCAUAUGCUGCAUAUUUGGCAACAUCCAUGACUACGGCGACCAUAGAUUCUCACAAGAAGUUCAUUUCAUUUCAAUUAGGUGAUCUAACUCCAGCAACCACAUACGUAAUACAGGUCAAAGCUAAAAAUUCUGUUGGUUCCAGUUCAUUUAGUGAUAGUAUUACUGUCAAAACUACCGAAGAACCUCCAAACGAUGUCCCUACCGACAUAACAAUAUUACCGCUAAAUACUCGUAGCUUAAAAAUUUCAUGGAGACCAUCACGAAAACCCCAGACCCCUGCGAGCAAUCAUAAAUCUCAAAGCAACGUCUAUAUUCCGCCAAUUACAGGCUACUACAUUGGAUAUCGACCACAUCUUGAUACUAUAGAUAAUGAUCACCAAAAUCAAUUGAAUGAAUUUGUAUUUAAAACAAUCAAAUCUGGCAUUGAUCUUUCAUCGAGUGAAACUCAUGAAAGUUUUAUUCUCAACAAUCUAAAACGAGCUACACGUUACGAUAUAAAAAUUCAAGCUUUCAAUUUGGCUGGCGCAGGUCCUUCGAGCUCAGAGUAUCAAGGAAAAACUCUGGAUUAUGAUGUACCAUCAGCUCCUAGAAUUCGUGCAUUAAAAUCGAAUUUGAGUUCAAUUGAAUUGAUGUGGUCUGUUCAAGGAGAAGAACCUAUUUCCGGAUUUGUCAUAUCAUAUAAAUCGGCAACACAAAAUGAGUUGAAAUCAAGCGUGGCUAAUGUCGCUGAAAAAGUCAGCACUUCAGUUGAUGAUCACAUGAACGAUUGGAAAACGAUCAAAAUCGAAUUGGAACCUUUGAGUGAUGCUAAUUCAAUUGAUACUGUGUUCACUCAUCCUGAGCCGGCUCCAGUCAUUUCAACUUUUCAUCGAAGGACAUAUGUCCUAGGUUUACUUCGUUGUGGCACCAAAUAUUUCAUCUAUGUAAACGCCUAUAAUGGCGCUGGCCAAGGUGAUCCCAGUGAAGUAAUCCUUGCACGAACUGAAGGGAAUGUUCCCGUACCACCAGAAUCUGUACAAGAUUUUGUUCAACCAAAUAUUUCGAAUGCUAGAAUCAAUUUGAAUCAAUGGAAACGACUAGGUUGUCCAAUCGAAAAAUUUGAAUUGGAUUUUAGAGUAUUCGGAGAUGUAGCCACAAAUCGAAAACUGACUAUAACUCCAUCAACUUCAGUUGGUGAACAAUCAACUAUGAUAGAAGUCGAAUCAAAUAUUCAUAGCAACAUAACUGCCGAACUAAUCAUAGAGCUUACAAAUUUGUUUUCCGGAUCAUGGUAUGAAUUAUUGAUACAAGCAGUUACUGAAGCUGGAACUGUACAUCGAGAAUACAUUUUUUCAACUCGUAAAUCUGAUGGUUCAACGAUUGCUCCAUUAACGCUGAAAGCGAUUGAAGAAUUUCAUGGUCGAACCAAUGGCCAACAACAAGGGCGACAAGGUUCCUCAUCAACACGUUCACAAAUCUAUAACCAUUCAUUUCGAUCAUCAAUGUUUACUCAACUUCAUUACAUCGUUCCGGUAUCUUGUACCCUGGUCAUAUUGUUCUUAGUGUUUGUUGUCGUUUGUGCUAUCCAGACGAAUCGGCAAAAUUUCUUAAUGUUCUCACUGGUUGCUAAUACUCGACAGCGACAUCAUAAAGUGGCUUCUGGUUCGAAACUAUCUGGUCAAUAUUCAAUCGGCGAAGAAGGCGUUGGCCAACUUGGAAGUUGUAUGGAUUCAAAUGAUGGUAGUACUGUUGGAGGCACAGGGGGAGCAGGAGAACACAUUUAUGGUUCAAAUCCUGGUAGUAUGGCCAAUGGCAAUGGAUCCAAGAUGCCAUGCUCUGCAUCGAUUGAUGAAUUGUUGGAUGGAUCUGGCAAAUCAUCAUCUCAAUAUAAUUUACGUAACGAUUCAUGUCAUUCAUUGGGUUUCAGUGGUCCAGGGGCAGCCAUUUGUGAUCAUCAAGUUGCUGAUAUCAAACAACAACAGUCUCAAUAUCCUUUGUAUUCUCUUCCAGUGGCGUAUGCCACUUCUUCGGUUCAAUUUCAAAAUUCGACUAAUUGUAAUGGAGGUAGUGUAUCAGGUGGAUCCAAUACGACUACAGCGACUGCUACAACAACCACUGGAAGUGCAGUACGUUUGAUCGGUGGUAGAAAAUCUCAAGAUGAUCCUCUCUACGGUACAUUGAGCCAUCACCAACAAGAGCAUGCAAAUUUUUCAGCUCAAAAAAAUCAGUUCACUGAAAUGUAUUGCGAUGGACCGCAGCAACCACCACCGCCACCUCCUCCACCACUUUCGUCGUCUAUUUCAGCCUCCAAAUUUCCUUUUACAUUGACAGAAUCUGUCGUCAAUGUUGAACAACAUCGCCAUCACCAUCAUCAGCCUUCGUGGUCCAAUACUUCCGCUGCUACUGAUUGUAUCAAUCAAUCGAUUCAAACAGCAUCUAAUUUAUCACAAGCUACGACAAAAUCGGCUCAUCCUUAUGAACUGCCAUUUGUAUUCAAAUCAACGCCAUCAAAUGCUUCAAUGGGUAAUCACAACAAUGAAUCCACAGCUUUUUGAAUAAAUAUCGCUAUAAUCAAAUUAAUUGUUUCUCCAUAAUCCUUGUGAUAUUUACAAAAAAAAAAAAUUUAAUGUAAAAUAAAUUGUUCUUAAUUUAUGAA